AAUACUUUACGUUUCUACUUAGUCGUCGGAUGUCCGAGUGGUUAACGUUUGGAAACGUUCGCGUUUCGAUGAAAUUAGUUUAUUUCAAUUGAAAAAUAUCAAAUAUAUAUACGUAUCUUUUUUAAGAGAAAGAGAAAAUAAGAGAUGUCUAAAACAGAGAAUUCAGAUCUCACAGCCGAAAAAGAUGCACCUCCUAUGGAAAUGAUAAGGACCGAUUGUGCUGACAAUACAGCCAUAAUUAUCGCAGUGAAAAGUACCAAUGUAAUGUGGGAAGAUCCUCUUGCACCUGUGGAAGUUGCAAAAGAAGUAUUAAAUGCGCAGUUUGAAAACAAGUAUUUAAUAGAAGCGAAAAUUGACACAAAUGUACUUGGAGAAAAAGAAAUCGAUAAUCCAGAUAUAUAUAUUAAAGAGACUACUGAUAUAAUCACUCAUGUACCUGCUCAUGUAUCUGUGAAGGAUGUGAAUGUAACACAAGUCAAAGCGCAAAACUAUGCUGAAAGUGAAGAAGUGUUACAGCCGAAAUUUAUCAACGAAGAAAAGGUCGAUACAUCAAAGCAGAAUGCAAGAGAUAACAUUGCGGCAUACAUAUCCAGAUUGGAAGCAGAAGUGCGGAAAAGAACAAAAGAGCGCGACAGUUACCAGAAGAAGUUUGAAGAUGCGAAGACAAAGUUGGCCGCCUUGCAAGCGUAUUAUACUGCGAUAAUGAAUCGUAGCAAUGACAAGGAUACCCUACAACAGCCGGCAUUGAUGUACGAAGAACGUAAUCGCGUGAUAGCGAAUCAGGAAAAUCAAAUCAACGCGCUGAACAAUCAAGUGGCCUCAUUAAAGGAAGUAAUAUCGGUCACGCGGGAUCUAUUGGAAAUCCGCAACAUAGAGGUGAAACAGUUGCAAGCUGAAGUCGAUAACAUGGAGAAGAAAAUCUCUGAGGAACGUGAUCGGCAUAACACAAUGAUUAGUAAAAUGGACGCAGCGAUGCAACUCAACGCUGAUCUCAAGAAAGAGUAUGAAACCCAAUUAUUUCUGUUUCAAAGCCUUCGUGAAAAAUACAACAAAAAAAUUAUUCUUUUGUCCAGAGAGAAACAAAUCCUCGAAACAGUCGCGUCUGCACCUAAAUAAAGAUAAUUUUCAUGUUCUCAACAUCACCUAUACAGCA